GUUCCGCAGCGGUCCAGUAUGAAUUUCUUAACCUAGUGUUUCGAUUAUUCUUUUCAAAUGAGUAGUGUAAUUUAGAAUUUGUUUUCCUUCAAUUUCUAAUCAUUAGAUUAAAUUAACUGUGAUUAUUGGACUUAAUUGAUUUUCAUCUGCACCGAGUGGAGCACCGACGCGACGAUAGCUUGAAACAUGUUCAGCAUGCUGCCUCUGGGAUCCAGUAUUUUUCUUUGCCUCGUGAUCUCUGCGAGUGGCAAAUUGGUGGAGCAGAAUGAGAAAUAUCUACAGUUCCCCCCAAACUUUCUCCUGGGAGCUGCGACAGCGGCAUAUCAAAUAGAAGGAGCUUGGAACGUGAGCGACAAAGGUGAAAGCGUUUGGGAUCGAUUCAGCCACGAGAGGGGUAACCAUGUUUACCAUAACGAAACGGGGGAUGUUGCUGCGAACUCUUAUUACAAGUACAAGGAGGAUGUAGCCAUUUUGAAGAACCUUGGGUUCAAGUCCUACCGUUUAUCCUUGAGCUGGCCGAGGAUCCUACCGACAGGAUACCCAAACAAGAUCAGCAGAGAUGGCAUCCAGUAUUAUCACAAAGUCAUCGACGAUUUGUUGGCGAACGAUAUCGAGCCUAUGGUCACGCUCUACCACUGGGACCAUCCCCAAAUUCUCGAAGAUGCAGGCGGUUGGACGAAUUCAGAGAUGGUCGAGUGGUUCGCCGAUUACGCCAGGGUCGUCUUCAAGGAGUUCGCACCAAAGAUAAAGCGAUUCAUCCCGGUGAACGAGCCGCAGGAAAUCUGCAGAAAUGGCUACUUAUACGGGAACCACGCGCCCGGAAAAAGACUUCAUGGUAUCGGCGAGUACCUGUGUCUCCACAACGUUCUAAAAGCACACGCUAGAACCUACAGGAUCUACGAGAAAGAAUUCAAAGAACAAUACAAAGGCGAAGUUGGUAUAUUAAACAACGUGUUUGGUUAUUUCCCGAAAACACCAAAGGACGAGGCGGCAGCUGAGAUCGCAUUCCAAUUCAAUGGCGGAUGGGUAUUGAACCCGAUUUACAACGGUGACUAUCCAGCUGUAAUGAAAGAAUUCGUCGCUAAACGCAGUCUCGAACAAGGCUUCACCAGAUCCCGUCUUCCAGAAUUUGGUGCUGAAUGGAUCCAAUAUAUAAGGGGAACAGCUGAUUUCCUGGCUUUAAAUCACUACACAUCAAGAGUAGUUGAAAAUGGUACCUAUGGAGAGGUACCGUCUCAAGACAACGAUCAAAUGGUGCUUGUAAGCAUGGACGAAUCUUGGAAAUCAUCAGCCUCUAAAUGGUUGAAAGUUGUACCUGAAGGAUUUCGACUCUGUCUCCGUAAAUUGGCAGAGCACUAUGGAAAUCCACCCAUAUAUAUCACUGAGAGCGGUUUCUCCGAUCGUGGAACUCUAAACGACGACGAUAGAAUCGAUUACUAUCGCGAGUACUUAAAACAGAUGCUUCUCGCUCACUAUGUCGACGGUGUCAACGUGCGUGGAUACCUGCUGUGGUCGCUUCUUGAUAAUUUCGAAUGGGACAAAGGAUACAAUGAACGUUUUGGCAUCGUAUCCAUUGACUUCAACGAUCCGAAUAGGCCACGAACUUUGAAGAAAUCCGCUACUUGGUGGCAGAAGAUUAUCAGUGACAGAAAACUUGACCAAUAAUCGUAAUCGUCGUGCUCUGAAUGAUCUUACAUAAGAGUAUGAUUGAUCAUGGCAAUUUGUUCUUCGUUUCCCGUUAUGUACACAACUUUUGUUUACAAAUUUAAAAAAAAUCAAUAUCCUUAUAUUUGUAUUGCAAUAAAUUGCGAACAUGAGUCACGAUUUUAAA